CCAACAGCGUUGUUUAGGGCGGGCCAAGCGGGCUUGUGGACAGGUUGCAUCCUUACGCCUCCUCGAGCCCUCGCGCCGUCGCCGCACCACGAGACGGCGGCUCCGCCUCCCGCACGCACGGCCAUGCUCCGCCCAUGCUGCGCGCAACGCUCCGCCUCAUGUGCACCGGCGCCGCCUCGCACUCGCACUCCCGCUCCAGAUCCCACGCCGCGCGCUGCGCCGACCUCCUCAACGACCUCCUGCGCCGGGGCCGCCUCGCGGACGCGCGCGCCGUGGCCGCCCGGCUCGCGCGGACCCCACCCGACCCGGCCGUCUCGGAUGCGCUCGUGUCCUUCCACGCCCGCCUCGGCGAUGCCGGCUCCGCGCUGUCCCACCUGGAGCGCCUCGUCCAGUGCGGCUGGACCCCCUCUGCCGCCUCCAGCGCGGCACUCUUCCGCGCCAUGUGCGCCGCGUCCAUGUACGCCGAGGCGAUGGACCUGUUCGUGCUCUGGGACGGCGCGGGCGCCCCGGAUCCGCUGCCCGUGUCGGAGUUCCACCUUCUCAUCCCGGGGCUGUGCGCCAAGGGUGCGGUCGACAAGGCCCGCUUCUUGUUCGACGCAAUGCUCGGGUCGGAUUUCGCGGCCCCUGUCCGCGUGUACAAGUCGCUCGUGUUCGCGUACUGCAAGUCACGGCGCACGCUGGAGGCCGACGAGGUGUGCCGGCUCAUGGUGAAGAAAGGGAUGCAUUUGGAUAGGGUGCUGUGCACGGGGCUAAUACGUGGGUUUUGCCUGGAGGGGCGGCUGGAGCUGGCGCUCGACGUGUUUCACAGAAUGCAGGGGGUUGAGCAUGUUGGGUUGGACGUGUAUGCUUACACAACGAUGAUCGCGGGUUUGUUUGAGCACGGGUAUGUAGACCAUGGUUGGGAGCUGUACCAGGAAAUGCGCGACAGGGGUAUGGAGCCGAGCCCAGUGACGAACAAUGUUAUGAUAAAGUGGUAUUGUAAGAGCAAGCGGGUCGGUGCUGCCAUGGAGCUUUACAAUGCGAUGGUGAGGGAUGGUGUUGCCCCUGACUUGAGGUGUUACACUAUCCUGAUGACAUCGCUUUGCAGGGAAGGGAAGUUAGCGGAGGCUGAACAUCUGUUCGAUAGGAUGCUGGAGGGGGGCAUUUUUCCUGACCAUGUGAUGUUUAUUUCGAUAGCUAGGUUCUUCCCCAAGGGCUGGGAGGUCAGAUUCGUGCGGAAAGCACUGAAGGUUGUUGCCAAGUUGGAUUGUAGUGGAGAGCUACUGGACCUUUCGUCGCUGGCCAGUGGGUGCUCAAGCAUGAGUUUGCAGCAGGAGGCCGAGCGCCUUCUUGACGAGAUGGUGAGAAGCAAUAUGCUCCCUGUUGAUGUUAUUUUCAAUUUGAUGAUAAUUGCUAUGUGCUUAGAGGGAAGGUUGGAUGUGUCAUACUAUCUAUUGGACAAGUUGGUGGCUUAUGGCUGUGAACCUUCAGUCUUAACAUACAACAUUGUGAUAAAAUGUCUGUGUCGACAAAAGCGCAUGGAUGAUGCGAGGACACUCAUUAGUAUUAUGCAGAAUAGGGGUGUCAGGCCUGAUAUGUCAACGAAUUCUAUCAUGGUAACCGCAUACUGUAAGAUUGGCGACAUAGCGAGUGCACUUAGUGUGUUUGAUGAAAUGGUGAAGGACGGGCUAGAGCCUUCUAUUGCAGUAUAUGAUUCCAUCAUAGCAUGCCUGUGUAGAAUGAGGCGUCUUAAAGAAGCAGAGUUUACACUCCGGCAAAUGAUUGAAGCUGGACUCUCACCUGAUGAGGUUAUUUACACAUCACUUCUUAACGGAUAUUCUGUUAUGGGGCGAACAAGGAGUGCUUGCCGUAUCUUUGAUGAAAUGCUAGAGCGAGGUUUACAGCCAGGUUCCCAUGCUUAUGGUGCCCUUAUAAAUGGGUUGAUAAAAGAAAACAAGAUCAGAAAGGCUCUCCAUUAUCUGGAAAGAAUGCUGGCGGAGGGCUUUGCAACACAAACUGUUAUAUAUACAAUGCUCAUAAAUCAGUUCUUUAGGAAAGGAGAGAUAAGUUUAGGCUUAGAUCUUGUUGAUUUGAUGAUGAAAAAUCAUAUUGAACCUGAUCUAAUUACCUACGGUGCACUAAUCACUGGAAUAUGCCGAAAUAUAGAUCGUCGAGACAUGAGACCAUCUUUGGCCAUAAAAUUGAAGGAAGCAAGGCAUAUGUUAUUUACACUGCUGCCGCAUAUAACUGUUGGUACAAGAAAAGGGAAGCAGGAGAGUAAGAACAUGUCUACAGAAGAAAAGCUUCAGCUUGCUCAGAGUAUAAUACAGGAUCUUGCAGAAAGUGGGAUGAUGCCUGACUUACAUAUUUAUAAUGGUAUGCUUAAUGGCCUUUGUAGAGCAAACAAGAUGGACGAUGCUUACAGCCUCUUGUUGUUGAUGGACCAAGCUGGUGUUCUUCCCAAUCAUGUGACACACACAAUACUCAUGAAUAACCAUUUAAGAUUAGAUGAAAGCAAUCGUGCUAUCCAAUUAUUUAACUCGUUGAACGCUGAUGGACACGUUUUUGAUAAGAUAACUUACAACACUUUUAUUAAGGGGCUUUCUCUUGCUGGAAGAACGAAUGAAGCACUGUCAUUUUUCCUGAUGAUGCAGAAAAGAGGCUUUGUUCCUAGUAAGGCUGCCUAUGACAAACUAAUGGAGCUGCUUCUUGCUGAAGAAUCAACCAAUCUCGCCUUGAAGUUAUUUGAGGAUAUGUUUUCUCAUGGCUAUAUUCCACGAUAUAGCAACUAUACUUCUUUGCUACUGAUACUUGCAAAAGAUAACCGGUGGAUAGAAGCUGACAUAAUUUUUAUGAUGAUGCUGAAUAGAGGGAGAUCUCUUGAUACAGAAACAAAGAAAUGCCUAGAGGAGCUAUGCUAUAAAGAGGGAAAACUUGAUUUGGCUUUUGAAAUGGAGUGUAACAUGCCUCUUUAUGCAGUUGGAUAAUGCUUGCAUACAACAGAAGGCAUCAGAUGGUUGAAUGUAAUUAUACAAUAGCUAAUUUGAUGAGUGGAUGUCCCAGUUUGUUGAUACAGCAGCUCCUUUUGUAAUGGACGCUUGUCCAUUCUUCCAUGUCCCUUCAUUGUGACGGUCUGCAGCUUCAGGGCUUCCAAAAUUGGCAGUCUCAGUUUUCCACAUCAAUCAGCAAAUGCAUCAGAGAAGGCAAUGGUUGCUGGUUUGGGAGGACUCAAUCUUUUCGGUGUCAUCAUUCUUGGAAACUUGUUGAAGCAAAUGACAGUGACACCAGGUGGACUUAUUUCAUUUGCUGCACAGUUAUAUCCUUUGCUUCAGAUAUACGCUGGCUCCUUUUUUGCAAUACCAUUAUUUAGAUGGUUUCUGCUACGCAAGACCAACAACGAUAUUUGGGGGAGAAAUAAAGCCAGAGAACAACGAGCUCAGGAACUUGUGUCACCAGUUUCUUCUCUCAGAAGAAAGUUGCUCAGUGCACAUGACAUGGCUCAACGGAAACUAAUUACACCAGAGGAGAUGUCUACACUACUGAAAAGGAUCUAUUGGAUCGGGAUUAUGAAGUCAAGGAGUGGAAUAGGAGAUUUAAGGGACUUGAUUCAGAGUGAUGGAUAUACUUGACAUUCAUAGUAGCUCUACAUGGUCCUUUGGUCUGGCUGGAUGAUAAUUUUUAUCUGCAUCCAAUUGAAUUGAGAAUAGAUCUGACCGAACCAUUCAACCAAGUGAAAUUGGAUGGUUCUGGGACUCACUGAUAGGCAUACCGUCACUUGGCCAUGAAAGUUUUGCGGAAGCUGCUGGUUUAGUUUCAACCGACCAAGGUAGGCAGCUGAUGUACAUAUUUGUGACAUUAAUCUGAUUUGUAUAGGUAGUUCCAUGCGCUGGAUUGGAGAUUAAAUUCAGAAUUCGACAGGAGAAGUGGGGAUAUGAUGUUACACGGUUUGAUUUGAAUGGAGCCCCAUCAGAAUAUGUAAAAAGAAUACGCCUGUAGAGAGGGGCCCUCAGACUAUGGGCAUUCGUGUCAAAUUCCAUGUUCAGAGAUUGGCAUACUGUUAUAACCUUCAGGGAAUCAGCUCAUGAUUGGAAGUGGCAGUUUCUAGCGUUAACCUGAAAAUAUGUAGCACCUGCCUGUACCUGUCUUUCCGAUACGGAUAAAAUGUGUCCGAAUUCCAUACUCCAGGUAGAAUGAAACAAGGAAACUACCAAGCUCGAAAAGAAAUGUAUUACAGGUUACUGCUAUCAGUUAUGCACCGAUACAUUGUUGCAGUC